CAACCACAAUAAGGAGCAACCGCCCAGUCGCGUCUCCUGAUUGCAAAGAGACGUUCCUGCACUCUGGACUCCCCGCGGUAAUCUAAGGGGAGAAGGACGGUAUCGGGGCUCCAGCAGCGCACCCCUCGCUUGCGGGAGGGGGGGAGGGAAGCCGCUUUGCGAAUUCCCCCGUCCACUUUGUGAGUCACAUGAGAGAACUUCGCCCAGGAGGACCGAGGUGCGGCUAAGCUGAGCAUGGGAAGGCCGCGGGCCGCUCGCGCCCUCGCCCUCGGGCCGUGGGGGCGGCUGCUGCUGCUGCGGCUGCUGCUGCUGGGCGACGAGCUGCUCCGGGACCCCGCCAGCGCGGCCCCGGCCCGCGAACGUGGCGAGCUGGCGCCGACUGCGGGUCAGUUCUGGCAUAUCUCUGAUUUACACUUGGACCCCACCUACCACAUCACAACCAAUCGCACUAAAGUUUGUGCCUCUUCCAAAGGAGCAAAUGUCUCCAACCCUGGCCCAUUUGGGGAUUUUAUGUGUGACUCGCCAUAUCAGCUUAUUUUAUCAGCUCUCAAGUACAUGAAAGAUUCUGGUCAAAAGGCAUCCUUCAUGAUAUGGACAGGAGACAGUCCUCCUCAUGUUCCAGUAAAAGAACUCUCCACGAAAAUUGUUAUUGAUAUUAUUGGUAACAUGACUUCUACCAUAAAAAGCUUCUUUCCAGAUCUGCAAGUUUUCCCUGCAUUGGGGAAUCAUGACUACUGGCCACAGGAUCAGCUGCCUGUAUCAGACAGUGAAGUUUACAAUGCUGUAGCAGAUUUCUGGAAACCUUGGCUCACUGAUGAAGCUGUCAGCACCUUAAGAAAAGGUGGCUUUUAUACACAAACAUUUCGGUCCAACUUGACUGCUCAACCUCUUAGGAUAAUCAGUUUAAAUACAGUCUUAUACUAUUCACCCAACCAUGUGACUGAGAAUAUGACUGAUCCAGCAAACCAGUUUGAAUGGUUGGAACAUGUGUUGGAGGCAGCACAUCAGAACAAGGAAAAGGUGUAUGUGAUAGGACAUGUGCCAGUAGGCUAUCUGCCUUUUGCACGAAGUACUCCAGCCAUGAGGAAACACUACAAUGAGAGGCUGAUACACAUUUUUCGCAGGCACAGCAGUGUAAUUGCUGGACAGUUUUUUGGACAUACUCACAGAGACAGCGUUAUGGUUCUUCUGGAUAAAAGGGGGAAGCCAAUAAAUUCUGUGUUCGUGGUGCCUGCUGUGACACCAGUGAAGCAUUUAUUUGUGGAAGAUUCAAACAAUCCUGGAGUGAGGCUAUAUCAAUAUGAUCCUUUUUCAUAUAAUCUCCUGGAUCUUUGGCAGUUCUACUUGAACCUCACAGAAGCCAACAUGAAAAAUGAAUCAGUCUGGAAACUUGAAUAUGUUAUGACCAAAGCUUAUGAGAUUAAGGAUUUAACACCAGAAAGCUUAUAUGAAAUGGCACAGAAGUUCAGUGUACCUCACAGCAAAUUGUUCCAAAAAUAUUAUAGCUACUACUUCGUGAGUUAUGAUGAUGCAAGCUUGUUCUGUGAAGAGGAGUGUAAGAUCAGCCAACUUUGUGCAAUCCAGUGUUUAGACCACCCCUGCUAUGCAGAUUGUAUUAAACACAAAGGGAAAUUACAAAAGGGGUAAAAGGUUAAUAUUCACUCUAACCAAUGGUAUCCUCUAAGGCCUAGUCUAGAUAUAACUGGUUUGGCUAAAUAAACCAUGGGUUAUUAGGCUAAAAUUAAGUAGUGUGUUCACAUACUUCCCCUCAUUCUUCUUUUGGCGUCUUGUACCAGCUUCACUGCUUCCGUUGUGGGUUGUUUAAGCCCCAAUUUUUGUUGCAUUCAAACUGAUUCUGGUACCAUAUUUUUGUAAGUGACCAAUAUUAGUUUUCCAGUUUGAAUGUAAUGGGAAACUAGUUUAAACAAAACAUAUUAAAAGUACUGAAGUCAGGGUAUGAGAGGAGAGGGAUCACAUGGAAGGGGAACACAGAGGCAUAAAGGUCAUUCUUGGUGUAAUUAAACCAUGGUUUAUUGAGUUGAGAUUGUUAUAUCUGAGUCUAGCUAAAUAUAAACUCCAGAGAACAGUUAAUUCAUUCCUUAUGCUAUAAUGUCAGAUAUGCAGUUUGGAAAAUAAAUGAAAUCCUGUGCAGCGUGAAACUUUAUCUCUGACAGAACUCCUAAAUACCCAGGGAUUUAGCUGCAGGUCCAAAGGCUGUCAAGCAAUGUUUCUUGUGUGUCUUAGUCAUUUAAACGUGACAUUUGUUCAUGGGCAAGGGUGCAACUUAAAGGGCUAUUACUUACCAGUAAAACUAAUAGCUUUGGCACAAAACAGUCAAGAAUUGUAAACUAUCUGUAUAUAUGAAAUUAUAUGUUUUCCCUUUGCCUAAGCUUACAAAGACUUGUGAACUAAAGGAUACCUGAGAGUGCAUGAGGCCAUAAAAUAAUUGCUUUUUCCUAAUAACAUUCUGUUGAUUUGAUUUUUAGUAUCAGACUUGCACAUUUCUUUUUAUACAUGAUUCUUCUGUACAAGUAUUUGUGUUAUGAUUUUCAUCUUCUCUGUUACUAAUUACUUGAAGAUCUCAUUAAACUGUAGCUUUACAGGA